CCGCCGUCACAGCAGGAAUAUUCUCCAAAAGAAGCAGAAAGUGGUCAUCAGCGCAGAGAAUACAUCCGUCCAGACCAUGAGCAGUCCACUGGAGAAGGUGGUGGCCCAGCACAAGCAGUCCAUCGAGGCGGCCAUGGACAUGUUGGAGAGGGGCGCCGAAGUGUUGGCCAGCGCGGUGGGUGAGCUCUUCCCCCUCUGUGAGGCCGCCGCCCCCGUUCUACGUCUGGCCUUGGACCAGACGCAGAGCAAGGAGGUGUUCUACGUGAAAGAGCAGUUCCUGACGGUGAGAAACAGCCUGGACGUGCUGUCCAGCCAGCUGGAGGACAUCGACUGCGAGAUCAAGAAAGGACGGCUGGACUCGCAGUAUUUCAGCGUGGAGGAGAACAUCAGGAACCAGUUCAGGAAGUACAUGGACAUCCUGGAGGCCAAGGAGCAGUUCCGGGAGGUGAAGACCAAACUUUUCCUGGAGCAUUUUUCCAGAAGCGGAGGGGAGAAGAAUCUGUUUGUGCUCUACGAUGCUCUGAUGGGGAACAGCAGCUUUGCAGAGACCAUCUUGGAGGUGGUGGAAAGGUAUGUGUCGAGGAACCGUCGACUUCUGGAGGACUUCUGCGUCCGGCUGAAGGAGCUCCUCUGCUUGGGCCUGAUAGCUCUGCUGGGCCACUCUGCCCUGACCUGCAACCAGGAGGAAGAAGAGGACAAGAUCCGGGAGUGGAGCCACAAGAUGGGUGAAAUGGAGUCCCGCAUGAAGAGAACCAUCCAGUCCUGCAUCGCCGCCUUCCCAGAGCAGGCCAAACUGGACGCUCAGCAACUCCUGCAGGAGAAGCAAGUGGAGAGCCUCCAAGAAACCACUCAGCAGCUCCUCGACUUCCUGGUCAAGAAGUACGAUUGGGUCAGCUGGUCGGUGCGCCUCAUCAACCACUCGGGGAGCACCUACCGGAACUGGCGGGCCGGCGAGCACUUCCAUCACGUGGCGGGACACAACUGGUUUGAGGUGCUGCAGGUGAACAACAUCAACCUGGUGGUGUCCUUCAGCACCGGGCCGCAGCCGGUGCCGCGGGACUCGGUCCUGCAGCUGAUGGAGGGCCAGGCUCGGAAGGGCAACGCCCCCGCUGUGGUCGACGUCCUGGAGAAGCAGCUGAGCGGCUUCGUGGUGCACGCCGUCAGUCGCCACAAGGAGUCGGCGGCGGCGUGGAGCUUCCCUAAAGACUGCCACUACUGGGAGAGGCACAAGAACGUGGUCGUGUGCGUCCACUCCGACUAAACCCUCAUGGAAUACUGCAAACCAUCCAGAUCCAACCCUCUGUUUUCCAAAGUAAAUUGCUUAGUAAUAGGCUAGAAUUAAAGUUUAAUUAGUAUUUAUUAUUUGAUUACAAAAUACUUAUUUGACAUUCAAUGAUAAAAAUCACAAUUUUAAACAAUCUUAACUCCUCUUAAAAGACCGACCCUGUUGUUUGCAGACUUCUGCCCUCCCGUUGACACCCGACUUCUUGCCUUCGUAGACCAAAAGUUGAAUUACACGUGUUCCUAUUUCACCGGCCCAUCUAGGUCCCCCAAUAAUUUGGUGACAUUAACCCUUCCUGGUCUACCCUGAAAAAUAGGCCUUUGGGCACGGGCUGACUUGUGUUGGUAUUGUGGAGAACACAGAUUGUACAUUCCAGUCAGCUUUGUGCUCUGAUUAGACCACACUGACCCUAGUGGGCACCAGACUCUUGUAUCCUUAUUGUAUCCCGGACGAGCCCCCAAAAUAACAUGAUUAUGAAUCAAAAACAGAACACUUAAAGGCCCACUGAAAUGAGAUGUUCUUACUUAAACGGGGAUAGCAGGUCCAUUCUAUGUGUCAUACUUCAUCAUUUCGCCAUAUUGCCAUAUUUUUGCCGAAAGGAUUUAGUAGAGAACAUUGAGGAUAAAGUUCGCAACUUUUGGUCGCUACUAAAAAAUCUUUGCCUGUACCGGAAGUAGCAGACGAUGUGCGCGUGACGUCACGCGUUGUGGAGCUCCUCACAUCUGAACAUUGUUUACAAUCAUGGCCACCAGCAGCGAGAGCGAUUCGGAGCGAGAAAGCGACAAUUUCCCCAUUAAUUUGAGCGAGGAUGAAAGAUUCGUGGAUGAGGAAAGUGAGAGUUAAGGACGAGAAGAAAAAAAAAAGACGAGGGCAGUGGGAGCGAUUCAGAUGUUAUUAGACACAUUUACUAGGAUAAUUCUGGAAAACCCCCUAUCUGCUUACUGUGUUACUAGUGUUUUAGUGAGAUUAUAUAGUCAUACCUGAAAAUAGGAGGUGUGUGGUGAACGCCAGUGUCUCUGAGGGAAGCCACGGAGGAGCCAAGAAAGUUGCAGCUGCCUCUUUGACAGCUGCAGGAGGAACCACAUAAGCUCUGCACAUGUUUACGGUAAGAGCCGACUUAUUACCACAAUUUCCCACUGAAACCUGCGGGUUGACAUGUGGUAGAGAAACAUGUUUGCUUGACCGCUCUGUUCCAUAUUAAAGCUUCACAACAAACAAAGAAACACCGGCUGUGUUUGUGUUGCUAAAAGCGGUCGCAAUACACCACUUUCCACCAUCAUCUUUCUUCUUUGACGUCUCCAUUAUUAAUUGAACAAAUUGCAAAAGAUUCAACAACACAGAUGUCCAGAAUACUGUGGAAUUAUGCGAUGAAAACAGACUACUUUUAGCCGUGAUCAGUGCUGGAAAAAAAUGUCCGCUACCACCGGUGAUGUCACGCACACGCGUCAUCAAACGUGUCAUCAUACGUGUCAUCAUACCGCGACGUUUUCAACAGGAUACUUUGCGGGAAAUUUAAAAUUGCAGUUUAGUAAAGUAAAGUGGGCGUAUUAGCAUGUGUUGCAAAGUUAAUAUUUCAUCAUUGAUAUAUAAACUAUCAGACUGUGUGGUCGCUAGUAGUGACUUUCAGUAGGCCUUUAAAAAUAUCUCACUCCCAUUAUGAACCCAAAAAACUAAAUUAUUAGCAUGCAAACCCCCCCAAAAAACAGGCUUCGCUGCACAUCUUAAAGUAAAACAGGUAGUGCUUCAGAAAAUCUGUAAGGCUCCAAGACUUCUUUAGAAUUGUUGAUUUUCUUCAAUUGUGUUUGUGGGCUGUCCUACAGAGUUGUGGUAAGGCCACUCUUACAGUCAGGUAUUGCCUCACCCCAGAGGCUGAGACCCUCACUGCUUACCAAGAAAAAUGGGCGGCGCCCCCAGUUCUGAUGCAGGACAAGUUCCCAGCACCUUGAAACCACCACAAGUGCCGCCUGCCACGGCACAGUAUGUAUUCUUUCAUGUUUGCUUCAUAAAUAUAUGACUAUUGUUUUUUUUUUUUACCUUUUAUGCCCAAUGGGAAUCACACUGGUCAUUACUAACCUGCUCAUGCUGGAAAAAAACAUGUCAAUGUAGGAUUUUUGUUUAUUUUUUCACUUUUAGUCGUUACAGUCCGUUUGCACCGGAGCUAAGAGGGGCGGUGCCCCAGCAGAUUUUCUAUGCACAUUACUGCCACCUACAGGUCGGAGGUAGAAUAGUCUCAAAACUUGUUUUUGCAGUGAUGACAUGUAUAGUAAAUAUAUAAUAUGUAUACUUAAAAAAAAAGUAUUCUCAAACUGUGGUACGCAUACCACGAGUGGUACAUGCGGUCCAUCGAGUGGUACACUAAAGGACUACUUCCUUAAACAUUCAAACACAGUGUGACUGUUCAAACUGUGUGUAAUGUCACAGUGGACACAAAUAUUAAAUAUACUUGUUAAAUAAAUCUUCUGCCUUGUUUUUAGUAAAUACUUGGGCUUACUAUGCUACUGCAUUAUAAUGUUGGCCAUUAUGCUGGUAGUUGCAGAGUUAAGUGUACUUGGUGACAAAGUUUUCCUUGAAAUACACUUGUGGUUUUAAAAGUGUGACAUGUGCAACUUGAUCAAAAUAAAUUCAUACUCACUUCCCAAGGCAAAAAUGUACAUCUACGCCUGAAGAAAUAUCAAUAAUCAAAGUAAAAAACUGUUAAAAAGUAUAAAAGUACGUAUUUCCUAUGUCCAGACCUAUCUGGAGUAAUAUGUCUAAAUCAUUUCAAAUAAGCAAAGUAUUACAAAAACAAAACAUUGGUAAACCAAAAUAUAUAUGAAAUAUAUUGUAUUUUAUUUAUUUUUUUAGCUUGUUUUGUUAGCAAGUUUAUCUCAGGUCACAUUGCUGAAAAUAAGUAAUUUGUCCAACAUAUUUGAGGAAAAAAAGGUUUUUGUUGGUGAAAAAAGAUGAGUAUUUCUUCCCUGGACAGUCCACCACCACCACCACCAUCACCACCACCAUCACCACCACCACCACCACCACCACCACCAUCACCACCACCACCACCACCACCACCACCACCACCA